AUGGCUACAAAGGUCAUAUACCCCCACCCAUUGGAAGAGGGAUCUUCGAUAGCCCUCACCUUCAUCGACCAGGCCCUUCGUAAUUUCUCUACUGCCAUUAGAAAAAAGCCCGAUUGGAAGAAAAAAAUAAUGGAUCGUAAGAUCAUGGCUAAGUGGAUACAAGAGGCAGCGGUGCAAGAUUCACAGCGUCUCGGCUACUCCUAUCCCACGGUCAUUGUCUGGGAUGCCAGAACUAUAGAGUUCGUUGAUCAGGAGCUGAAAGCUUAUAAAAAUUACAUUGAAGAACUUCAAGCAAGUGGUUCUUGUAUUGAGCCUGAUAUUGAUGCUGUUUGGAGGGCCGAUGGGUUGGUCGAUGAGGAGUUAAGACAACAAUUGAUCGAUGCCGUUGCGGUUUUAGAAAACGUUCCCGAGGAGAAAAAGGAUUGGCAUCCAGGCACAAAUAAUACGGUUCUCAACCUUGUGCAUCCGUCUUUGUGGCCUAUAAUUUAUGGGAGAUCAGUGGAUACUGACGGGAAGAUCAUUCAAUGCCCUCUCAGAGCCUUUGAACCGGGGAGCUAUAUUCACUCUUACAAUGAAGACGCUUACAGUGGAGAAUCUGACUACAAUUCUGACGACUCUGGGGACGGCUAUCGUGAUUAUGAUGUCAACAGAGAUUCUCGGGUGGUGGAACCAUCAAGAGCAGAUCGAUACAUGAACGGGUGGUCUAAAAGAUUUUGCUGGCUGCCUUCGGAAUUUGAGGUUUCCGCUGAUGGGACGAGUACAAAGAUUUCGUCCUACAUUAACAAUCUAAAUGGACCCGGCCAGAAAGAGCUCUUUUAUCCAAUUCUUGAGAAAAUAUUUUCAAAAUUUGUUCCGAUGUUUAACCAUCUUCUAGCGGAUCUGAACGAGAAUAACCACCGCCGCCACCGGUCGGGUAGCCCCACAGAAGUCACUGAUUAUCAUGGGCAAGAGUCUAAAAGGAGGAUUCCGACGGAGGUGUACAAUGACGCUUGGGAAAGGUUAAUAUCAGAGUAUGAAAACGACCAAGAAUUAACUGUCGACUUCGUAAAUCUCGCGCUAGAAUAUAUCGAUAGCGAUAAUUAUGAUGAGUCAGAAAUUGAUGAGCACGAAAUUUGGGACCUGGGAAGCGUAUACCUUCAAAGAGCGUGGUCUCCUCCUAAGAUUACCGACGAUGUCAAACUAAACGGGAAGACUGUCAAGGUUAUUGUUAAACUCGCGAAUAUUAUUCUAACACCUGAAAAUCCGGUUUACAAUGGAGGCAAUUGGCACGUUGAAGCUAUGACGAACGAGCGGAUUGUAGCGACCGGGAUCUAUUACUAUUCCCAGGAAAAUAUCACAGACUCCGAGCUUCGAUUUCGUCGAACCGUCCAGGUUGAUAGGAACCCACACGUCCAAUGGUCUAAUUGGGGCACUGUUCACGAUAUGAAUGCCAGCUAUGGGGUACAAGAGCUAGGUCGAAUGGAAACUAUCGACAACCGGGCUAUCGUUUUCCCCAACGUAUACCAACAUCGUGUCUCGCCAUUUCAAUUGGAAGAUCAAACGAAGCCAGGGCACCGCAAGAUCCUAGUAUUUUUUCUAUGUGACCCUUCGGCAGAUCUCGAGAUGCCGACAACCAAAACCGUCACACCUCAGCAGCCCGAAAUCAGGGCAGACCUCGAAGCUGUGCUUCGCUCGGGACACCCGGGAAAGUUAGCUGAGGAGCUCUUCCAAAUGGUUCUCAAAUAUAUACCACCGCCGAUAUCUUUAGAAGAUGCGAAAGAGUAUAGAGCGACUUUGAUGAAAGAACGCUCAAAUUUUACCGGAAAGAGCUCGAUGGUACAAGGGGUACACUACAAUUUCUGCGAGCACUGA